GUGUGAAAAUGAGAACCAAGGUCCUAGGAUCCGUCCAGAGAACAACGUUUUCAUCUUCGCAGUACAUUUACAAUAAAGCAACUAAGAUGAGGUCAAAGUGAUGCCGUUUUACUAAAAUUUAAACAGAGAAAAGCUACAGGUGACGACAUUUCAGCUAAUGACAUGAUUUUUUUUUGCCCACUUGCCCAUCUACAUUUAGUCUGAAUCUGGACGGGGACACUAUAGGGCUGACUUGACCGCUGCCUUGGUGUGAUCGGGUCUUACCGGACCACUGUGUCCUACAGAAAGCGUCGAGGUUGUGGGUCUGAGCUGACGUUUGUCGGCUCUGUCCUUUCAGCCCUUGAAGCUCUGAGAAGUGUCUGUUUACGGAACUCGAUCUGUAGUCUGAUAGUUUCCACAGAAUUAUGCUGCAGCGCACCGUCAACAAUUGAAUGUUGUGAUAUUUCAUGUCUUUGAUAUGAGAAAUUAUAUUUUCAGCUUUUACUUCAUCAUACAUCAUUAAUCGCACAUCACAGCGACCUUUGUGAAUGUAAACCUGUCGCACUGAGGUGAGCUCGCCUGCUCACCUGUAUUAUUCAUUAUCGGACUCAUCAAAGUUACAUGCGGACAGAGAGCUCCCCUCCUCCCCCACACUGGUCUGACCAGGACAGGCAGCACACACUAUUUGCAUUGCGCAGCUCCAUGGCGACGGCUGCGUGCGAGCGAAGCCGAGCCGUCUGCCAUCACGCAGAGGAACAAGGUGUGGCAGCCGGGGACACGCACCACCCGCAGGUGCACACGGCGCAGGACGCACAACCCGGACGCCAGCUGUUGUUGCAGAGGACACGUCUCCCGGGAGCCAGGGUCAGUGCAGGCAGGGACGCAGCGUUGUCCAGGAAGCGGCUCCUUGACUCCCUGCUGUGACAGGAAGAUGAACUGGGGCUUCUUGGAGAACGUGCUGAGCGGCGUGAACCGGUACUCCACCGCGGUCGGCCGCGUCUGGCUCUCCGUGCUCUUCCUCUUCAGGAUCCUGGUGUACGUGGCAGCGGCCGAGCAGGUGUGGAAGGAUGAGCAGAGGGACUUUGUGUGCAACACCCAGCAGCCAGGCUGCGAGAACGCCUGCUUCGACCACCUGUUCCCCAUCUCGCAGGCGCGCCUCUGGGCUCUGCAGCUGAUCGCCGUGUCCACCCCGUCCCUGCUGGUGGCCCUGCACGUGGCCUACCGGGAGCACCGGGAGGCCAAGCACCGGCGCAAGCUGUAUGAGGACAAGGGCAGCAUCGAUGGAGGGCUGUUCUGCACCUACGUCGUCAGCCUGGUCUUCAAGACAACCUUCGAGGUGGGCUCUCUGCUGACUUUCUACUUCCUCUACAACGGCUUCGACGUCCCCAUCCUGCACCGCUGCAGCCAGAGCCCCUGUCCCAACGUGGUGGACUGUUACAUCGCUAAAGCCAAGGAGAAGAAGAUCUUCCUCUACAUCAUGGGCUGCACCUCCAUUCUGUGCACCGCUCUGAACUUCGUGGAGCUCCUGUACAUUGUGUGGAAGCAGCUGUGGAGACGCUUUACCAGGCGGUACGUGCCCAGGGAGAAGGCAGCAUUCAGCUACAGACGCGCGUCAGCCUCCAAGGUCACCGCAGAGGUCACUGCUCAGGUCAACGCUGAGGUCACAGCUGAGCCGGGUGCAGAGCCCAGACGGCAUCCUGUGCCGCCCGGCGGCGCUGCAGCAGAGUGAAGAUUCCUCUUCACUCUCAGCUCUAGAUGGACGCUCAGUUGUUGUAAACUCACACCUCCAUGUUUGGCAGCUACUGCAGUUUAAGGAGGAGAAACGUUCCAGAUGGAGCUUUGCCCAGACAAAAACAAUGUAUUGCUCCAUCACUAAUAACUUCUAUUUAUUGUAACAUAUUUUAAAACAUAUAUUUUUGCGAUUGACAUCCUUCAUUUUAUGAAUUUAUUUAUAUUUAUCAACUUUAUUUAUCAGACGUGUUCACUUCACAAGUGAACCUAAACCCUGUUUGUCAAUAAACGCAGGUCAAUUGUAAAUCAUCAUCAGCUUUUGCUCACAAAGGAUGAUGCUCCCCAUCUAAUGUUUCACUAAUGCUAAAGGACAUAAUAAAUCAAUAAAACACGC